AUGUCUCUUCGCUCCUCUCAUCCUCACUCAACACAACCAUUUAUUGUCUCUUCUCAACUGCUGUUGCCCACACACGUGACGUUGCUCCUUCUUCAAUUUCUUCUCUUCUGUUCAUUGUGCUGCCAAAUUCUUCUUUCUUCAUCAUCCUUAAUCACUGUCAUCAAUGCUUCAUCGGUCAAGUAUCGUUUAAAAACAGUGGCCGGAGUGGCUCAAUCUCAAGGUUACAAUAGCGAUAACAUUUUGGCCACCACUUCAAAACUUGCUUUACCUCAUGGCGUGGCUGUUGACACAUCCUCUCAUGAAGAUCUCUAUAUUGUAGAUAGUAGUAAUUUUCGAGUUCGAAAAGUCAGUAAUGGAAUCAUUUCUACUAUUGUUGGAGAUGGUAAUGCUGGAUUUUCAGGAGAGAAUGUGAUGGCCACAAACGCUAAAAUUAAUCGUGCGUUAGGUUUGGCUUGGAAUGAUGGAUUGUUGUAUUUGGCCGAUACGAAUAAUCAUCGUAUUCGAGUGGUGACUGCUGCUGGAAUGAUUCGUACUUUGGCUGGAACUGGAGUGCAAGGUUAUAAUGGGGAGUUGACGGCUCCUUUGAACACCCAAAUGACAUUUCCUGUUGGAGUAUUUGUGCAAGGCGAUGACAUCUAUUAUUCCGAAAAUGGAAGAAUAAGAAAAAUUGUCAACGGUGCAAAUGCAUCAAAUAGUAAUAAUGUCUAUGUGAUGACACUCGUUGGAAAUGGAACCAAUGGAUACGAUGGAGAUUACAUGCCAGCAACAUCUGCACAAGUCAAUGCUCCGCAUGGAAUUUUUGUCACCUCGAGCGGAGAAGUCUUAUUUGCAGAUCGUCUUAAUCAUAGAAUACGCAAAAUCACAAUUGAUGGAAUGAUUGUCACUAUUGCAGGCACCGGUUCCACUUCAUAUAACGGCAAUGGAUUGUUGGCAACGAGUACCAAUUUAAACAGUCCUGAAGGUGUUUUUGAGCUAGAUAAUAAUGAAAUUCUUGUUGCAGACUCUGGAAAUCAUUGCAUUAGAAAAAUUACGACUGAUGGUUUGAUGCAAACCAUUGCUGGCAUCUGUGGAUCAAAUGUUGGUUACAACGGUGACAUGUCUGACAGUAUGAAUGGUUUUCUUAAUUUACCCACAAGUAUUACCUUUUCAAAAAAUAGUGGAAUUUACAUAUCUGAGACCAAUAAUCAAAUCAUUCGUCAAUUAGUUCCAUAUUGCGAUUCAGGUUAUGUGCUAUCGGCAGAUUUACAAUCGUGCGUGAAUAAUGUCACAUGUUUUGGAUUUUCAUCCAAUAGUGGUUUUGUGUGUUCCUCUAAUGGAAUUUGCAAUGUUACAGAUUCAUGUUCCUGUCGUUCGGGAUGGUAUGGUCAAACAUGUGCCUACAAUUAUCAAUGCUCAGGUAUAGCCCCAGAUAAUGCAACUGUUUGUAAUCGGCGAGGACGUUGUACAGCUUGGAAUAGUUGCACCUGUUAUUCAGGUUAUUCAGGUUUGAAUUGUGAAAAUGUUUCUUCUUCUUCGAGCUCUUCUUCGUCGUCGCUUGCUGUCAGUAUUGGAGUGGUGGUGGCUGUAGUAGCAAUUUGCUGUGUGGUGACCUGUGUUUGUGGAACUUCUGUAUGCAUUAUUUGCAGAAAUAAGCGAAAAAGAAGGCAUCGCAAGUAUGAUCGCUCGAAAACUAAAUUCACAGAAAAAGAACCAAAGAUUCUGCAAUCUGCUGAGCCAACCAUUAACACAAAUUUCAGAGAACAUAACGAAUACUCCAUUGAUGCUAAUCAUGUGGUUGUAACUGUCAAUUCCACCACCUCUGGAAUAACACCUUCUUCACCUUCCACGACGACCUCGUCGUAUCUUCCUUUGCAUUCAGGAUCGUACACUCCUUCAACAACCAUUGAAUCUUACUCGCUAUAUGUGCCAAGUGAAAGCUAUAACAGUCAAUCAACAAGCAAUUCGUUAACCGUAAUGGCCAGUAACCAUGGGUAUGACAAGUUCACUUCCAAAGAUCAUACUUAUCGAGUUGUAAAAUUACUUGGAAAAGGAGGCUUUGGAAGUUGCUACUUGUGUGAAAAUAUUCAAACUUUGGAACAAAUUGCAGUCAAAGUUGUACAAGCUACAGAUGAAAAUUAUGCCUCCAUUUGUAGUGAAUUUUCCAAAUGUCUUGCAUUUCAACAUCCUCGACUUGUAAAAUCCAUUGAAUAUUUAGCAGGUUUAGACCGAAAUUCAAUUUGCCUGGCCAUGAAGUAUUACAGAUAUGGAGAUCUGGAACAUGUGGUCAAAAAUAUCAUGCAUGCUCGUCCUCCUUCUGAUGCAUUGCUCGUUUCACUCAUCAAUCAAAUUGGAGAAGGUUUACAAUAUUUACAUGACGUUCAAGGAGUUAUCCACAGAGAUAUCAAACCAAAGAACAUCAUGGUAGAUGAAUUUGAUGAGCUCAAUAAUUCUAUUCAGGUGGUCAUUGGUGACUUUGGAGUUUCCAAACAAGCUAAUGCAGCUCAUACCUACGCAGGAACCUUCUAUUAUGUCUCUCCUGAAAUAUAUCUUGGAAAAACAUGUACUUUUGCUACAGAUAUUUUCUCCUUGGGUGUCAUGCUGUAUGCUGUUAUUACUGGAGAAAUGGAUUGUGAACAAGUUUCAAUUACACAGCGCUUGCUCGAUAUUGGAGAAAGAGCCUAUGCAGAAAUUGAAAACAAGCUAAAUGAAGCGCAGGUACAUCAAGAAAUUGUGAACUUGGUUAUGAAAAUGCUUGCAAGAGAUCCAGAACAGAGACCUCUUGCUAAGGAGUUGGUUGUCUUCAAUGUUUUCCAAAGUGUGUAA